AUGUCUAUCAGUUGGGGAGCACAGUAUCCAAAAUUGAAGACUAAUCUUCGAUUAGCCAUUAAUCGACUGAAGUUAAUGGGCAAGAAGAAGACGGAAAUGGCCAUGAAAGCACGAACAGAAAUAGCUGAAUACAUAUCAGCAAACAAAGCUGAUCGAGCACGAAUUCGUGUUGAACACAUCAUACGAGAAGAUUAUUUGGUGGAAGCAUACGAAAUUCUGGAAAUGUACUGUGAUCUUCUUCUGGCGAGGUUCGGUUUGAUAGAGCAGAUGAAAACUCUGGAUGACGGCAUCGCUGAGGCUGUGAUCAGUAUAUUAUGGGCCGCUCCACGGGUCGCCACUGACAUUGCAGAAUUCAAGACAAUAAGCGACCAACUUACUGUGAAAUACGGAAAACCUUUCGCUGAAGCCGCUCGAGCAAAUCAGUUGGAGUUUCCAGCUAAAGUCUCACCGAAAUUAAUAAGCAAGUUGUCUGCGGCUGCCCCUCCGAAACUGUUGGUAGAAAGGCAAGGCCUUCUGUUCAGGUAUAUGAUUGAGAUAGCUGCAAGUGCUGGUGUUCCGUUUGUACCAGAUCCCGAUGUGAUGCGAGACGAUGAAGUUGCUCAAGCGGAGCAAAUGUUGAUUGAUUUCAAACAAGCUGGUUCCACUGGAUUUAACGCUGGUCAACCUAUAGCUGCACCACCUCCACCUUCCAUGACUGAUGGUGUUGGAUACGGUUGGAAUCUUCCUCCGGGUUCAGUAGGUGGACCACCUUUCCCUCCGUCAAAUCCACCACCCCCACCACCUCCUGGCCAUGGUAAUGAUUUUGGAGGAGGCGGUAACGGAGGAGGUCAUAUAUACGAGGUACCAAAUGUUCCAUCUCAGCCUGAAGAAUUCAGCAAUCCUAUGCCAAACGCUGUGCCACCAGCAGGAGUAAUUCAGUUACCGAAGAUUGGACCAAAUGGCUUACCUAUCUAUCCAGGUCAGGAUGGUCCGACAUAUCCACAGCUGAGCCAGAGGGUACGGUUCAAGAUUCUCUGUUUACAGGUUUUAUUCACAAGUAUUGGAGGUCGUAUAAUAGCCUCUAAAAUUACUUAUUAUUUCAGAAAAUUUGGUCAAACGCGAUACCUCCCAUAA